GAGUUCAUGUGGUACCGCAAACAUACAUAUAUGCGAUUAGAUGGAUCAUCCAAGAUAUCAGACAGGAGGGAUAUGGUUGCUGAUUUUCAAUCUAGAUCUGACAUUUUUGUCUUUCUUCUGAGUACUCGCGCUGGUGGCUUGGGUAUCAACUUGACAGCGGCUGACACAGUGAUCUUCUAUGAUAGUGACUGGAACCCAACGGUGGAUCAGCAGGCCAUGGAUCGAGCUCAUCGACUAGGGCAGACUAAACAGGUCACUGUCUACAGACUGGUAUGUAAAGGUACUAUUGAGGAGAGAAUACUGCAAAGAGCAAAGGAAAAAAGUGAGAUCCAAAAAAUGGUGAUAUCAGGCGGUAAUUUCAAACCAGAUCAGUUGAAACCUAAAGAAGUAGUGUCUCUUUUGCUGGAUGAUGAUGAGAUUGAACGCAAAU